AUGAGGAUGUUGGGCAGCGGUUUCGCUCGUUUAUUGAAUAUGGAUUUGAGAGGGGGGUGGUUGGUUUUAGUUCUUCUAGUUUUCUGCCGGUGCGUUUGCGGUGCUGGGGAGGUGGUUCUGGGAGGGGGUGGUUCACCUGGAGGGUUAAUUGCGGACAGCAAGAUGAUGGUAUAUGGCGCUGGUGUUGGUGGAGUACGAUGUCCGUCGGCUGGAGAGACAGAUAUGUGUAGUUUGGGCGGUGUAAUGGGGUUGGAAGAGGUGUGUAGUGAUGCAAGGUAUUCAAAGACGGUGCUAUCUGCCAGGUCGAAUACAGCUGCGGCUGCGGCUAGGGCCACGGCCGCGUCUGGCUUUGACCGAUCUCCCCUUCGGCGACGAGACUCAGUGAACAUGACGUCUUUGGAUUCACCCGGUUUGCCGAUAGUAGAUGCAACGGAGGUGUCUGGUACUUCGAUCGGUUUGAGUGUUGGGUGGCUGACAUUUUCUGCUGCUUUUAUGUCGAUAACCUCUGCGCCCUCCGCGACCGUAUCUCUCGAGGGUAGCAUUGGGCUGGAAAGCUCUGUUUUCGAUGCAGAUUUAUCUACAGAUGGUGUGUCAUUGUCUGUGACUGCGACAGUUGCUGCGACAGUUGCUGCGACGCAGAGUGCGAGUUUGGGGGAUGUCCAUGCGACAGCUUCAGUAAGUGGAGAUAUUUAUGUUUCGGGGUUUGAUUCUUCUGAUCACCUGCAGUCAACUAGCAUGUCAUAUUUCGUACCUACGUUGCUAUCUCCUAUUCCGUCAAUAUCUGCAAGUGUGGACCCAUUCAGUUCUAUGCAGCAUUCUUCAUUUUCAACGGCUGUAGACGUGAAAGACGUCACAGGGUCGCGCCUUUCUUCUGACCAGAUAUCACAGACUGCGUUUACAUCUCCUGAUCCGUUAGAUAUUUCAAUGUCGCUCGGCGACCAGGAGAAUACGUUUACGUUUUCAAUACCGUCUGGUUCUGUUGCAGACCCAGUUCCAAGUACAUCUUUUCCAUCCGAAUUUGUUACCUCACAAGACGCUCCAUUAGACUUGAGUAUGAUUUCUGUCUCUACUGAAUCUCAGUCUCUUCUUUUGUCAGCACCUUCAAUGACGGAUGUCUCAGAUUACUCUAUUAGUGCGACAGAUAUGACAUUGGACCGUGAGUCAAGUGUACUUCUGACAACUCAGGCUUCUUUGUCAUAUACCCUUAGUGGACAAGACGACCGUUCGUUUACCAUAUCGAGAAGUUUGGGAUCCAUUUUCUCUGCUGGGGGUUCAUUUUCCUUACCAAAUGCUGCUGGUAGUACGAUGAUAACAUCCGAGGGUAAUCCGGGUUUAUCUUUUUCUAUUAUGUCAAGAGAUCUGCCGUCUACAAGCGGUAUCUUGACAAUAUCAUCACCAUCAUUAAUUUCUUCAGGCCAUACGUUGUCUUUAUCUCCAUCUCAUGUAUCAAUAUCCAGUUUAUCGGUUGAGCCUCCGAGUUCCAUAAUACAAUCUAGUUAUAUUCAGCCUAGCGCUUCUACUGUAAAUACUGAUACAGUGCAGGCAGACAGUUCUAAUUCAAUCUACAAGAGCCCAACCCCAAGUUUACCAUCAGGUAGCCACGGGCCGCUAUCUAGUUUCACUGGGACUAUCCAUACGACUGGAGUGACUCAUUUGUCAGAUGCGACCAGCCAACAAUCUGCUCGAAUAAGCACUGAGAACUCUCCUAUGACUGAACAGACUCAGCCGUCAGAUGCAAGUACUGGAACUAGUGGUGGGAACAGCCCCACGACUGAACAGACCCGGUCGCCAGCUGCGACUACUGGAACUAGUGGUGGGAAUAACCCCACGACUGAACAGACCCAGUCGCCAGCUGCGACUACUGGAGCUAGUGGUGGGAACAGCCCCACGACUGAACAGACCCGGUCGCCAGCUCUGAGCACCCAACAAUUUACGGCAGGAAGCACUGGAAACUCUCCCACGACUGAACAGACUCAGCCGUCAGAUGCAAGUACUGGAGCUAGUGGUGGGAACAACCCCACGACUGAACAGACCCGGUCGCCAGCUGCGACUACUGGAACUAGUGGUGGGAAUAACCCCACGACUGAACAGACCCGGUCGCCAGCUGCGACUACUGGAGCUAGUGGUGGGAACAGCCCCACGACUGAACAGACCCAGUCGCCAGCUGCGACUACUGGAGCUAGUGGUGGGAACAGCCCCACGACUGAACAGACCCGGUCGCCAGCUCUGAGCACCCAACAAUUUACGGCAGGAAGCACUGGAAACUCUCCCACGACUGAACAGACUCAGCCGUCAGAUGCAAGUACUGGAGCUAGUGGUGGGAACAACCCCACGACUGAACAGACCCGGUCGCCAGCUGCGACUACUGGAACUAGUGGUGGGAAUAACCCCACGACUGAACAGACCCAGUCGCCAGCUGCGACUACUGGAGCUAGUGGUGGGAACAGCCCCACGACUGAACAGACCCGGUCGCCAGCUCUGAGCACCCAACAAUUUACGGCAGGAAGCACUGGAAACUCUCCCACGACUGAACAGACUCAGCCGUCAGAUGCAAGUACUGGAGCUAGUGGUGGGAACAACCCCACGACUGAACAGACCCGGUCGCCAGCUGCGACUACUGGAACUAGUGGUGGGAAUAACCCCACGACUGAACAGACCCGGUCGCCAGCUGCGACUACUGGAGCUAGUGGUGGGAACAGCCCCACGACUGAACAGACCCAGUCGCCAGCUGCGACUACUGGAGCUAGUGGUGGGAACAGCCCCACGACUGAACAGACCCGGUCGCCAGCUCUGAGCACCCAACAAUUUACGGCAGGAAGCACUGGAAACUCUCCCACGACUGAACAGACUCAGCCGUCAGAUGCAAGUACUGGAGCUAGUGGUGGGAACAACCCCACGACUGAACAGACUCGAUCGCCAGAUGCUACUACCCAACAAUCUAUGGAAGGAAGCACUGGGAACACUCCUACGAUCACUGGCUCGUUAACCGCUACAUUUGAAUCAUCAUCAGUGUCCGAUCAUGCUGCAGCCAGCUCAAUAUUAGUGUCUAGUAGCGCCGCCCCCCAAAGUCUUACUUCAAAUACAUUAGAUGGCACAAGUCUAUCUCCUAUAUCAUUUGAACUAUCCGGAAGUAGCCCUUCCACAAUUUUGAUGCGUGGUACACCUAGCAUUACAGCAACCGGAGAAUCUUGGAGUGAUGUUAACUCUAGAAAGUUAACAAGUUCUGCCCAAUUUCAUGAUUCUUCCUCAAGUCUUACAACGAGCAAGAUAUCUUUAGGUGAUUUUCUUACUUUUUCUAGCCCUACUCCUCCAUCGGCAGCCGACACUAGAUAUCCUUCUGAAACACGUGUGGAAUCGUUAUCAUCCACUUAUGCUAAUUCAAUUCAAGUUUUAACUUUGCUAUCAGGCUUUACUACUAAUGAUGGUUAUUCUGUUAGUGCAUUGCCCGAAUCCGCUUCUGAUAGGGUUUUGACAUCACAGCCCACCUCAUUAACUAUUACGGGUUUCAGUCAGCAAGUUUCUGGAUCUAUAUCACCCAUCCCUACUUCUAGAAUCGAAACUUCAGGUUUAUAUUCACAAGCUAGUGUUUUUUCGGAGUCUGCAGAAACCUUUGGUUCAAAUUCCAUAUAUGGAGAUAGCAGUGCUCCAAGUUCUACAUCAUCUAGCGAAACAGAGAAUGCCUUUUCAUCACAAAAAACAGCCUCAUCAAAUUUUGCUUCUGUUACAACGAUCGUACCCAUGACCUCAGAUGCUGGCAUGUCUUCGAGCAAUAUUAUUUCUAAACAAGACACCAUUUUCUCUCCCUCUACCACAUCCUACAUAUCGUUGAUAUUAUCUGAAUCCUCUACUUCCACUUCAGUCGUUAACCCAGUUGGUGGAACAAAUUCUCCGCUUGGUAGCAGUAAUGUGGUCCCUUCCCCUUCAUUUAUUGCACCAAAAAGCAAUCCAUCUAGCACCUCAAUUGAUGAGAAAACUGGUUGGUUGCCUACUACAAUUGUAACUGCUUCAAUGCAGACUUCACCUAAGGAGUCAACCACUGUGGGAUCUGCUGCAACUUAUACGCUACCACGAGCAAUAACUCCCGCCACCCCUGUUGCAAAACCGGAUAACUACGAUUUAAUUACAAUUGGAUUUGUGCAAGGCCUGAAUUAUGCAUUUCUGGUCUCAAACCCAGUUGCAUCCGCGCAAAUAUUUUCUUUCCUACCACAUCUCUUGAAUUAUCCAUAUAUCGAAAAUAAGGAAGCUUUGCUUCUUAGACAUAUAAAUGAAUCCAAUAACAAUAUUUUGGGAAAUCGUGGUUCUGUGUCAGGAAGUUAUUUUAAUAUUUACGGCAAUUUGUCCCUUGAGCAUAAACAUACUAAUUCUACAGAACCGGUUAAAAGGAGACAGAAUAAUGAGGAAGAUACUUCCGAUGAACAUGGAUAUUCUCAAAUUGUUGUUAAACAAAUUGUCCCAUUCCUUUUGCAGGGAGCUGACUAUACAGCCUCUGUGGCUGAAGUGUAUUUCCCUUCAGAGGCGGUCACUAGUUUACGAAAAAUGGUAGCUGAUAAGAAUUCGAAAUUAUACUUAAAUCCGGUGGCAACGUUAAACCAAUUAGCUUCACUUGUUGAUCCUCGAAUUCCAGUACUUACUAUAACAAGCGGUUCGUCCCCUUCAUUCUCCAACACAGAUCCAGACCAUUCUGGAGAUACCAGUGGUUCGUCUAACAAUAAUUCUAGCGAUCAUAAAGGUGGGACUUUGGAUUUGGGAGCACAUAGACAUAUGUCUCCUGCAACAAGGAAGAGAAUUCUGAUUUUCUCGUUAGCCUUUAGUUUCGGAGUUCUCUUAUGGAUACUAAUAUUCCUCUUCCUGUUGAAGAGGUUGUACAAAGUUUCGAAGAUUAGAAGCAAAAUAGUCUUGAGAGAGAAGAGUAUUCCAAAUAAUUUGGGGAUUUCAUAUAAUCAUCAGUUUAACGACCGUUUAAGCGAUUUGAAGACCGACGCAUUUUAUGACGGUGACCCAGAGCGGAAUUUUAAUUCACAGUCAACGAAUAGCAGUAGUAAUCAUGAUAGUGUCCCGGAUUCGUUUACCGAUGAUGAUAUGAUUGUUACGGGUGAAAACACUGUCUAUAGUCUCAGUCAAGGUAUAACAUAUCAUAUUGAUGAAGAAGGAAAUUAUUAUUAUGCCCGAAUCAACCCAUUUAGCAAUUCCUUCGAACCCGAAGCAGAUAUCAUGUAUCAAGAAAGUGGAGGUGAAACUAUAAAUAUCAAUGAGGCACAAUACAUGUCGUCUGGUAUUGAUCUGGAAGAUAUUGACCAAGAAGGUAAUAUUGAGAUUUCAGAGUUAGAAUUCCACCAUCCUGAACUUUUAAGCCACCUUCAAAAAGAUGAUGGCAUCAUUGAACACUAUAACAAAAAUCAAUACUACAAUAUGAGCACUAUAGUCACAGAAUCCUCAAACCCACAAUGUAAUACAGUUGGAUUGUCUUCUGAACCUGGCAUGUCUGUAAAUGUUGAGGAUUUAUCCAAUGAAAACUCUGUUGGUUUCAUAAGACUCCACGGCAGUUCUUCAGAUAACUACGAUGAUUAUCUUUAUGAAGGUGAUGAAGAUGAUAUAGAACUUGUAAAUGAUGAUGCUAUUGCGAUACCCAUUAGUACGUCUAGAGGAUCUGUCACUCGUAGUUUAAUUAUCACAGAGCCAAGUGGUUUUAGAUUGGGAGAGGUAGAAGCUAUUGAAGAGAUCAUGCCUGAAUGUGAUGAAUUUACUGAUGCCGAUUAUGAUAAAGACCCUACUGAAGAUAGUAAUGGCGACGAAAAUGAUGUUAGUGAUAUUAUGGUUGAGGAAUUUGACGCCUUAGAUGAGGAGAUGUACCGUCACCUAUCUGUUAUAAAUAACAGGUACUACAGUAGCUCUAGUAAUGUGGCUUCAUUCCAUGAAGGCUAUUAUGGUUAUAGGUCAAAUGCAGCUGUUGGUACGUCAACGUCUAAAUCUUCCUCGGUUAACUAUAACCCUACUGGUUCUAAAUUUAUGGCCCAACAUCACACAUAUAAUACUUCUACGAUAAACAGCGGCUAUACAUCACGUUCAGGAUAUUUGCAGGUCCCUACAACUGUAAGCAAUAAUUACCCCACCCCCAAUAAUACUGAAUUUAGCUCCGGUCAUAAUUCAGCAUUGCUCUCUUCUCUCCUAAGCAAGACACAGAGACCUGCUUCCGCGUUUGACUUUGAAAACUGCCCCAAUAUUCUUGGCAGUUCACCACAAGUUUCUAAUGUCGGCGCCCACAAAGGAGUGAUGCACAGAAGGUCAAAAACAGAGGGUUCUGUAAUUUCAGUUCCGAACAGGAUGAGCUCUACUAUGCAUUGGGAUUUUGAAAACACAGCUCCGGGAAGCACCACUUCACAUGCCCUAAGGACGGAAGCUGGUGUCCUCAGGAAGAACUCUUCUGCACAUGAAGUUGAUCCAUCCCUACAUGCAACCAAGCCACAUGGCUGGAAACAUUUAGUACCUGGUGUACGUCACAGACAAGAAUUAGAAACUCGUCGCAAGAAAGAUGAGAAAAUUAGCAAGUCCCAAAUAUCGGGGCCUAUACAUACCGCAAAUUCAUUAGGCUGGGGCAUUACAAAGUAG